AAAGCGUAGCGUCAGUCGUUAUUUCGCUUUACGCGUGUGUGCCGGUGUGCGUGUGUGUUUUAUUUUUGUUUACACAUGAUAUUUUUAUACGAGAGGUUAAAGUGGCAAGAGACGUUAUUUUUAUAUGAAACUCACAUUUAAACUCAUAGUACAAAAUCCGAAAAGUACAAAUAUAAGGCUGAAUUAUUUACUACUUUCUUCUCCACGGCUUCACAUAACGUAUCUCAGCGAAAUUCAGGAUGAAAAUGACAAUAACUUAAGUUCUGUUAUAAUUAGUGCGUAAAGUCAAAAAACGGAGAUAAAUUGCUCAAAAUGAGGUUGAAAACGUGAUGGUAGGAUGAGCGAAACUUUGAGCCAGGACCCGGAGAAUCUAGGCUCCGGGUAUAACCUGGCGCAAUCGUAUCCACCAACAUCGGCAACGCCAAGCUCCACGGUGCAGGAUGUGCCGGGUUCUCACCUGCCGCCAUUUUCGACGUUCUCCGGCGAUUUGGACGGCGGCGCGGGUUUUGGUUCAGAUCGAUUGUUUACUGAUGCGAGAUUACUGGAUAUAUCGAGCUGGGACUACUACGGAGAAACCAGACUGUUAGAUAGAUCCGAGAAUGGCCUUUCCGUCAUUUCAUCUCAGCCUCAGUACAGACCUUGGGAAUCAAAGCCGAUCGACUCGACAUCGCAAGAAUCUCUACGUUUUACGCCUUCAGCGCCUAUCAGUACGUUCGCAGACGCUUUUUCACAAAACGGUGUACCAAAGCUUCCUUCCUUUCAGUCGCAAUUUCAGACUUUUAACGAAGGUACCGUAGUUACCAGCAGUGAGCCUACCUUAACCACACUAACUAAUCUCACACCAGUCUCCCCAAAUUCUAGUCCAGGUGGGCACCUCACGCCUCUUAAUUCCAGUUUUCAUACCCUAAGUGCAGUUAAUACCCGUAAUUACCCUCUGGUUCCGGCGCCGAUACAAGCGAGAGAAAUCCCGUCCAUCCAGCAACAGUUUUUAGAUGAACGCCACAUUCAGUUAUACACCCACCCAACAACUAGUCUCACCACCUUAAACAACACAAUACAUUCUGCCACAAUAUUCCCUACUCAAAAUGGUGCCAUACUCCAGAAUAAUCAAAUAAUCACGACUCCAACGGUAGUGACGGUGUUAAAAUCGGAACCGGCGAAUGUAACGGACCUAAAAUUGGGUACCUUACAGGAGUCCGACUUAAAAAUCCAGAACGUAGCUCUACACCAUUCCCAAUUUCAAAAUCCCAUGUCUACCGUCUUAGACAAUAACGGCAUGUAUAACGGACUCGAUAAAAAAUUGAACGGUAUGAAUACGACAAUGGACUCGCCGACGAGGAACGAUUUUCGCAAAAAAGAGCGCAGAAAACUUCGCGCUUCGAGUUUAGAGAGUUCGGCGGAAAGUGAUGGUGCGUCGAGUAACAUGGAUAUGGGCUCGGAAAAUUCCGGACAGGUCGCGUCCAUUUCUAGUACCGCGGGAUUCAAGUCGUCCCAUCACGUUCUCACCGGGGGUAGUGGCAUGGAAGCCGACGAGAUAAGUGGUGGAAAUGCCGACAAGCAAGUCAAGAAGAAGCGGAAACGGUGCGGCGAAUGCAUCGGAUGCCAAAGGAAAGACAAUUGUGGUGAUUGUGCACCGUGCAGAAACGAUAAAAGUCACCAAAUCUGCAAGCAGCGGAGGUGCGAGAAGCUCACGGAGAAAAAGCUUUACGGAGAUGAUGCGUUCAUCCGUGGAGACUCUAGGCGUGGCAGGGGGAAGGGUCGAGGUUCAGGGAGCUAUCGAGGGCGGAAACCGAGCGGCUCAGUAACGAUACCUUCCAGUGCACCGGCUCCAGAACCUAGCGUACCUCCUCCUUCAAGACCUAGUCCUCAACCUGUUCACAUGUUGAAACCAGAACAAACAACGCAACAACAGCAGCAACCAAUGACACCAAUGCCCUUCUACGCUGACCCAAAUAGGUUUACAACACCUGUAUGGCAAGCAGAUCCUACACAAGGUUGGACGCAAGGGCAAUUUAUUCAACAAAUCGCGGCUCCUGCUCAACCAGCUUUGGAAGGGUAUCCGCAGCAAUAUUCCAAUGGUAUAUACCAGACGACGUUUCAGCAGCCAGCCGGAUUUGAGGCAAACACGUUUUAUGCAGGCGCCGUGCAAGUACUAACGAGACCUCCGAGUGCGGCGAAUCAAACGCAACAACUAACGCCUCGUCCCAACGGAAGCUAUUCCCACACCCCUAGUCCUCAACCACAGCAAACAAACCAAAGAACUAACAUAUCUGGACAAUAUCAGCAAGACUAUAAUACGAAUAAUCAAAAUUAUGUAGCGCCCGCCACAACACCAACCGGUACAGUAGAUAGUUCCCAGUCGGGAGUGUUAUCGAGACCUAGUUCGGUAAAUAGUACCGGGAAUGUAUCGGGAAAUAGUCAGAACUUUCAAACGCAGCACGCCGGUAAUUUUACGCCAAAUUCCAGCUCAAACUUUAGUCCAGUUUCAAAUACUUCCACAAGUUUUGUUAACAGUAAUAUGAGUACAAGUUCGGGAAACGCGAUGCCUGGGUAUCCUCCGGUGAGCAGCCACCCGCAGGCAGCUUCACACAACUAUAGUGGUGGAUACCCAGGCAACGAAAACAGCGGGCAGGUAAACUCAAUAGAAAGCCCUCACAAUGAAAGUAAUCAGCAUUGGUCACCAAGCUCUGAUGGGAACUUAUGGGAACAAAGUGUUAUUCAACAAACUUGCAAUAAUCAAAGUGCCAAAUCCGACCAGAAUGGUAUACAAUACGCGCAAAAUAGUGUUACACCUCAAAAUGUAAUUAUUAUUAAAACCGAACCAAUAGAUUUUAUGCUUCAAAACGAUCAGAAAUCCAACGAUGAACAAAUUACUCAUCAAAUGCAAGCUGCCGUAGAGCAACAAUUUUCACAAGCAGACCGGGUUAAUUUAAACUCGAGGCUGAAAACGAUGAUUUUGCAGAAACAACAACAGCAGAUAGAACACAAGUUGGAAGAAGCACAAAAGAUUGAACAAAACAAGACCGGUCAUUUUUUAUUGUAUAGCCACCAUCGUCGCCCUAUAAUUUUAGGCGGCGGUGGUGGCGUACCGAAACCCUCGAUCUUGACCAAGUUGAAACAGAUACGGUACACUUCUCCGACAAUCACCAACAGCCCCAUCCAACAAUAUAUUGAAAACGAAAUCAAAUCAAAACUAAAGACACCUACAAAAAUCGUUUCUCCGGAGAGCACCGAAUUCAAAGCAUAUCAGAAACCCGUUCAACCGAAUGACCACACAAUUCUUCCCAAAAAGAUUGACAACACACCGAGAACUCCCAAUGUGUAUCCGAAACAUUUUGUUGACUCCGAAAAACAAAAGCCGACUGUGGGCUUAGAAAUACCGCCAUGCAAUUGUCUUCCUCCGAACCAUUUCGUACCAGAACCUGGCGGUUAUUACACGCAUUUGGGUUGUUCCGACAGCUUACCCAGUUUACGGAAGGAUCUCGAAGAUCGAACGGGCGUGCAAGGAAGUGCCAUUCGUAUUGAGAAGGUGUGCUACACAGGAAAAGAGGGAAAAACACCACAAGGGUGUCCGAUAGCUAAAUGGAUUAUUCGACGAGCCAGCUAUGAAGAGAAAUAUCUGAUUAUAGUUAAACAAAGACUGGGACAUUGCUGUUUUGCGGCCAUUAUAGUCGUGUGUAUUGUUGCAUGGGAUGGUGUCGUACGAGGAGAUGCAGAUACUAUAUACGACAUGUUGCGUUAUAAAUUAAACAAAUUUGGACUUCCAACUAACAGAAGGUGCGCCACGAACGAUCCCCGCACGUGCGCCUGUCAAGGUUUAGACCCGGACAAUUGCGGGGCCAGUUUCUCUUUCGGAUGCUCUUGGAGUAUGUAUUACAACGGAUGCAAAUACGCGCGAUCUAAAGUGAUCAGGAAGUUUCGAUUGAGCGUGAGGUCGGAGGAGGACGAAAUCGAAGAACGCAUGCAAAAUUUAGCGACGUAUCUAAGCCCCAUGUAUAAAAAUCUGGCGCCUGACUCAUUUCGAAAUCAAUGCGAGUUUGAAGAUGUAGCGUCAGAUUGUCGGUUGGGUUUGAAACCCGGGCGCCCGUUUUCUGGCGUGACUGCGUGUUUGGAUUUCUGCGCACAUUCACAUAAAGAUAGUCACAAUAUGAACAAUGGAUGUACAGUUGUGGUAACAUUGACGAAGCACAGAGAUCUUUCCAAACCGGAGGAUGAGCAGCUGCAUGUUUUGCCAUUGUAUGUUAUUGAUAGUACGGACGAAUUUGGUUCAAGGGAGGAACAAGAAAGAAAAGUUGUUCAUGGUAGCAUUGAAGUUUUGCACAAAUAUGAAUGUGAAGUGCGAGUAAGAAACAUUCCACAACCAACAUGUCGUCGAAGCGGUAAAAAACGAAAAGAAGAAGCUUUGGACAAAGUCAAAAAUUCCACUCCGCUUAAAAAAGAAAAUGUUACAUCGGCAAAUAAUACUUCUGUAAACUGUGAAUCGCCGAAGCUGAAAACGCCAACAAAGCAAUUGCAGAGUAAUCAUGUUUCAAGUACUGUAAUUGAUUACGGUGGUUAUUCUCCUUGGGGGUAUGAGAGCAAUUUAUAUUAUAAUCCCAAUAAUACUAACACUAACGAUCAUUCCUCGAUACAUUCUUCCGUUACUAACGAUAUUUAUUAUCAGCAUAAUAAAUUUAGGAACGCGGAGGCGCUUCGAAAUUUUGCUAGUAGAAUUGACGAAAACGUUACUAUGCGAUCGUAUAAACAACCUGAGACUGCCUUAAAUUUAACAUAUCCACCUGAUUCACGUAAGAUUUACCACGAAACAUCGCCUCGUUCACAACAAAAUACUGCCAUACGUAGGGAUCACUUUCCACGCGAUGAUCCAUCACAAAGUCAUUACAGUUUAAGUACAUAUCACCCCUCAAGCCUGCCAGAUCAUAACUAUACGAACGUAAAUAACUACCUCCAUCCUUCUAAUCAAAAUGUGGGUUUUAACAUCAGUAAAACGCAAAUUCUGCCAUCUUUCAAGUAUAUCAAAAAAUCUACCAGUCUGGGCGAUCCUUUCUCAAACUACAAUUUUUCUCCGGAAAACAGCACGAAUUCCUCUCACUUGUACGCGCAAAAUCCGUUUGACGACUCAAGUGAUUUUUAUCAGAACAGUUACGAUUAUGAGAGUUAUUCGAGCUCGUGUCCAUCCCCAUCAAAUUGGUCUUCACCUCAGACUCCUCCGAACUGGUCACCUUUCAACUGGCCCAGUAAUGAGUUGCCCAAAACGAAAGUCUUAGGUCAAGUUACUGACAUUAUCGACAACAGUGAGUGUUUUAAUGACUCGCAGGUUGGAGGCGUCGCCAUCGCUCUAACGCAUGGCAGUGUUUUGUUUGAAUGCGCGAAGCACGAGUUGCACGCAACGACUGCUUUAAAAAAUCCCAAUAGAAAGUCGCCGGCUCGUAUUUCUUUAGUAUUCUACCAGCAUAGGAAUAUGAAUAAAUCGAAACACGGUUGGGAUGAACACGAGGAAAAGAUGCGAUUGAAAAAGUUAGACUCGUUAGGCGCAAAUGAGAAACACGUAGACGAAUUUCCGUUUAUUUUAUCGAAUGAUUUGACAUCAAAAUUCAUGCGUUUAAGUGUCCCGACCAUGACUACUGUAUCUGUCACGACAGUAUUUCCAAUGUACCCUUGUAUGGUUACAGGUCCAUACCAAGAGGGCGUUAGAGGAUAACGUUUGCUAAUCUAUUUAUUCAACGAUUUUGCCUAACAUAACCUGAGAGAUUUGCAGAUUCGACCAGACGAGCUAAUAUGCAAGUUCCUUUUAUAUGUAAAUAUCGAGGACUAUUUACAUUUAGGACGCUAAAUUUGUAUGUACUUACUGUUACGGUUCCCAUUUUUUAUUGUGAUUAUUUUACAAAAUGACAAAAUUGUGUAUUAGCCUCGACCUGCAACUCUUACCUCCUUGAUAUGACAAAAUUAUUUGGAGAUAUUACAUCUUGCAAAGCAUUUCGUGCGAUUGCCUAUGGAAUUUGUCCAACAAUAGUGCCUAUAUGAUCUCAGAGCCAGUUUCCGAAUACAACAAACAGUACAAAGCUACAAUUCCAUACUAACACAUUAACAUUUGCGUAUAUAUAUAUUGACUGAUAAAGUCAAAAGUCAUGUAGGUUGUACGAUUUAGUGCGUAGCUCUUAUUUAACAGUAGGUAUUUAUUAGUUAAUUUAUGUUUAGAUAGUUGAAUCAUUUAUAGUUGAUUUUAAAGAAGGCAUUUUAUUAUUUGAAUUAUUGUUUUAUAGACUUUAUAUUUGUAUCUAUCCGAUACAAAGUGGUGUUCAUUUAUGUAUGUAUAGCGUACUGACAAAGCUAAUAUAAAUUUUUAAUUAUUUUUAAGGUAAAACGUUCUCGAACCUGUUUUAAAAGUUCACGAUAUCCCAUUUCAGUGGUAUUUUUAAGUUUAUUUGCAACCACUCUAAAGAAAUAGGUUUUUUGUUCAUACAAAUCGUUGAAUAACUGAUUUAAAUGAGGCAAUAGUGCUUACUGUUGCAAUCUACAUUUGUUUUUAAUCAUUUACAGUUUUCUACAUGUGGAUAACUAAAUAUUGGUUCAGACGCUGCAGAAAAAAUGUAGAUGAUCGAUGUCACAUGCAGGUUACCAACUUUAGGCGUUUUAGUGAACAAUCGGAACCCUUUUCCAAAAUUUUGCUUCAAUUUUUAAUAUCGAUUUUAUUUUUCACCGUUUUUAUGGAUAACAAUGCUGCAUAUUUACUGAAAUGAUACCUACCAAAAAUGAAAAACCAAAUAUUUAUUGCGUAAUAAUAAUAAUUUGAAAGAAGAUAUAUAACACAUAUACCUCUAACGUAUAUAUUAAAUAUCUAAAGUAUUUUUUUAAAACUACCUUAACAAUUGUGCCAUUAAAAUUAACAAAAAAAUCGUGUAAGAAAUUUACUCAUACGUUGAAAUUUAUCAUUCUGUGUUACUGUUAAAUCUCAAGUUGAAAAAGUUGCAGCAUUUUAUCUGUGCUCACCUCGAAACUCUUUGUUUAUAAAAUUGCAAAUUAUAAUAUUAAAUGUUGUAAAUAAGGUUUUGUAUACUCACAUUUUAGAAUAAUAAAUUUCAUUCCAAGACAGUGAGUUGCUGAAGUUGUAAAAAUGAUCAAAAAUAAAACGGCUGUAGUUGUACAGUGUCACACGUGACUAAUAACCAUGAUCAAAUAUUACAGUACUUCUAGUAUUUUUAUAUUGUUUCACAAAAUAUAGAAAUAUAUAAUAUAGUAAAUGCAAUAGACUUUUAUAAGCUUCGCUUCUUGCUGUAUAGACUUUUUGUAUGUGACUCAAAUUACUAAUAUUUUAAUGGUGUGGAAAAGAAUUCCUGUUGAAAUUUUUAUAAAGUUUAUUUUAGAAACAAAUUAUCGCAGUGCAUAUCGAUACGGAUGUAUAUACAUAUAUUUAUUUUUUAAAGUUUCUAAACAAGAUACGAAUUUUAGUACUUUUUUAAUUAAACUUGUUGGAAACAAACAGCACGAUCGAUAAAUUACGAUGGCGGAUUUUCAUUGCGAUAAUUUGUUUUUGAUAAAAUAUUUAGCUGUGCAUAUUUAUUAUUGUGUGUUUAUAAUGAUAGGGUUGUCCCUCUGUAGUCUAAAAAUAUAUUUUUGACAAAGCAAGAUAAAUAUUUAUAGUAUUCUUGAUACGCCUAUCGAAUACAUAAUUGUAAAGUAUUAGUCAUGUCUCGGUUAAGAUAAAGGAUUUUAACUUUAAAACACACUUUAGUGUUUGAUGCCAAAAAUUUAAUUAAGAUGGUCGAAGUUGUACAUUGUCAUUAUUUUCUCUUCCAUUCAUUCUAACUGGCAGCCACAUGCUCUUUUCACACUGAACCCUUUUCAUAUAUUUAUACGGAAGUACUUCAUAGUAUUUUAGUAUUUAGCAUAUGCACUUGUUUCAAUAACAGUUCUUAGACAGAUUCUAUUUUCUCGUAGUCUUCACUAAAUUGUGUCUUAAAAACUGUUUACGAAAUCACUCCAGUUUUGUUAAAAAUCUUAUUACUUGUGGAAUAUGUGAUCAAUGACAUAUCAUCAUAUUGUUUGUAGAGCGCUUUUUGGAUUAUGAAAUUGUGGCUGUUAAUGAUUUUUAAAUUUGAAGUUACCAAAAGAAGAAACAAUCAUUCGUUCAGUUACCAUCUUUUCUCGUUAUCCUUUUUCUUACGACGAUUUUUAACAAAACUACUAUCACUAUACCAAAUAUGUUAGAUUAGACUAUUUGAUUGUAAAUAUUUUUUUACAUAAGUUUAAGAGGUGUUCCAUUGAAAAGAAAAUGCAAUGACGUUUGUGUAUUAUGAAAGUAAUGAAAAGACUUUUAUUAUAAUAGGGUAUCGUGCAUUCUAAAACAAUCACGCAUUGUAAAUCUCAUCAUUUGCAUCCAUUUAUAUCUAGCAAUAUUCAUACUUUGGAAUCUACUAGUAAUAACCUGGUACCCUAUAAAUAUAAAAAUUAUGAACCAAAAGAAUACAAUCUUUUGAGUAAUAUGUAAUUUCUAGUUUUAGAAUUUUUUUAGUUUAGUAUUAAGUAAACAAAAUACGUGUAUUGUCUUGUGAAUACUAUUUAAUAUAUAAACAUACUUUUAAA